AUGAAUGAUGUUGUUGGAGCGCAAAGUUCAGCUGGUUGGGCGAUGAAUCCGGCGGUUCAGCAUACCCUUCGAAGGCAUCGCGAAAUUUUACGGGAUUAUGGUACGGAGUUUCGCAGAGCACGCGACAAUGUGCAACAGCAACUGCAAAGAGAGUCUUUGCUCUCCGGUGGUGUAAGCGGUUCUAAUCAGGAUGGAUCCUGUCUCAACAAUCGUGUUAAAGGCUCUGAUCUAUAUCUGAAAGAAAAUGAACAUAUCAGUAGUUGUGAUCGACUUAUCGAUGAACAAAUGAGCAUAGCAAUGGCGACCAAGGAAAAUUUACAACGUCAAAGUAUGAGCCUGAGAGGGAUCGGAAAGAAGAUGGAUACCUUGGCCAAGAAAUACCCGAUGAUCAACAAUGUUAUGCAGAAAAUUCAAUACAAGAAGCGAAAGGACGCUGUAAUAAUGGCAGCAGUGAUGACGUGCUGCUUAUUAUUUGUGUUCUUCUAUCUCAAAAGCUGA